AUGGCUUCUUCUCUCAGAAUUGACGAAACAGUGCCUGCUUCGAAGGUGGUGCACUUUCGAAACCUUCCUGAACAGUGUUCUCAUGAGGAUCUCAUAGAGUUGUGCAGUCCUUUUGGUAAAGUGGUUAAUCUUUUGUGCAAUGUUGGCCCCAAUAAGAACCAGGGUUUUGCUGAGUUUGCAGAUAUAAAUGAAGCCACUUCAAUGGUUUCAAAUUAUGCUUCGUCUCCAGAUCGUGUUCAACUUCAUGGCAGAAAUAUUUAUGUGCAGUAUUCUGAUAGACCAGAAAUUGUUGUUACCAGAUUCGCAAAAGGAAAUAUCCUUCUGGUAACCAUGGAAGAUGUGAAAGCUGGAGAUGUAAGCAUUGAUAGCAUGCGUUCGGUCUUCUCUGUAUAUGGUUUCGUACAAAAAAUUUCAACAUUUGAAAAGAACGCAGGUUUCCAGGCUUUGAUUCAGUUUGCUGAUAUUGAAUCUGCUUCUACUGCUAAGGAAGCACUGGACGGAAAAAAAAUACCUAGGUCCUUGCUGCCAGACCGUAUUAGUGAUUGUAACUUUCACAUUGCAUACUCAGGCCAUCGAGAUCUUAAUAUUAAGUUUCAGUCUAAUCGUAGCAGGGACUACACAGAUGCUACUCUUCCUGUUAACCAGGCUACUAUUGCUAGGGCAUUGCAGCCAAUACCUCGAACUGCUGACAACCAUGUACUUUUAGUUUCAUUCGAGAAUCUGGUCCGUGAUGUCACUUUAGAUGUUCUUCAUGGGGUGUUCUCUGAAAUUGGAACUGUGCACAAAAUAUAUAUAUUUAGAAAGAACGGUCGAACUCACGCACUGAUUCAGUACCAUGAUGUGGCAACAGCAAAAGCUGCAAAAAAUAUUCUUGAGGGUCACUGUAUAUAUGAUGAUGGCUCAUGUAAGAUUCAUUUGGCAUACUCUCGUCACAAUGAUAUCAAUGUAAAGCCUUUUGGUGACAAAAGUAAAGAUUAUUCAAAGGCUGAACAGACUGUAGCACAAGUUCCAGCAACAGCUUGGCAGAAUCCUCAUGCAAUAUCUAUGAACCCUAAUGCUUAUCCCUACUGUUACAUGUGUGCACCUGCUACUUUUCCUGAAGAAGCUUAUGGCUAUGGUGUCGGACAAAGCAACCCUAUGGUUUACACUACAGGUUACUUACAAAUCACUCCAGAUGGAGUUCCUGCUUUCUCACCUCAAAUGCAGCCUUUUUUAGGGUUUUUGCCUAUACAACCUUAUUAUUAUGGUUAUUAG